AUGGCAACUGAAAAGAACGAGACCGACGCACUGCUUAAAAUUCUGGGGAGCGACAAAAAGUUAAAACAGUUUCAUUCUGACUGGAACAAACUCCUGGAAAGUGAUGAUGAGGAGGAGCUGGACAGCUCUCUGGCAGAUGAUUUCAGCUCCUCUUUGGCACUUUGCCCUAACGAUUCGGACGACUUGGCCGACACUACUGUCACCACUGUAGUUGCAGAUAACUUUGCUGACACCGAUUCUACUGAAGUAAUUUCCAGCAUGCAGGAAGAGGCUUUAUCCGACUCUGGUCUCGGUAUUGGUGCUUCAUCAUCUAGUCAGCACAGCGAAGUUCCACUUCCUACAAUCACUAGUUCAGAUGCUUCAGCUGAAGUCGAUCAACUUGAAAGUACAAACAAUGAAAGCCUGCAACAGGCUCAAUCAAACGAACCACUGCCGGUCAACAAUGCCAUCAUUUACUACAGCUACCGUGAGCAAUCGGCUCAAAGCACCGUUGCCGUUGUCACUGAUGCCGCAGUAGCAGGCACCAACAAACGAAACUACGACGAUUUCAAAACUCCCAACAAAAGUGUUGUGAAGGCAAAGCUGAGUGACGACGCCAUCUUUCGCAAGCCCACCACUAGCCCCAGUUUGAGUCGUUCGAGUAGCCGCUCUUCCCUGCGUUCCAGCUCUACCUCCUCUGAGCCGCCAUUCAAACGACGAAACAACAUCAAAACACCUGUGGAGUAUGAGAAUGACCAGCAAGUCAUCUUCCGUCGGCAGAAACAGCUUGAUUACGGCAAGAACACCAUCGGCUACCAGGCAUACCUCACCAAAGUCCCAAAGAACAGUAGGACACGCGAGAACCCAGUGACUCCUGACAAGUUUGUCAAGUACAGUCGCCGUUCGUGGGAUCAACAGGUCAAAAUUUGGCGCAAAAAAAUUCACGAAUUUGAUCCUCCCGAAGUCAUUCACUAUCAGUCUCAGAAGCCAGAGAGCUCUCACCUUCGUGAAGUGAAAAAACAUCUAAACUUUGACGAUUCCUCACCAGUGACAAAGGGCAAAACCGUUUCGGUUAAUCUGAACAAUGAGACUUCUGAAAGUGAAGUUCCCUUUGAUGAAAUUGACGUUUCAGACAUUCUCGAUGUUAACGACUUUGUUUAG